UUGUCAACAAAGUCCCUCAGUUCAGUCAUCACUCAUUAAAGACGGCUACCAUGAAGAGGAUUUUGAUACUGGUAGCUUUGCUAUUGGCCAACAAUAGUUUUGCCAAGCAACAGGAUGCCACAAGAGUUCUAUUUAUUGGAAAUUCCUAUACCUACCAACAUGAUCUUCCAUCCUUGAUCGAGAAUCUGGCCACUGCCGAUGGUAGACUCAUCAUUCGGGAUCAGCACACAGAAGGUGGAUGGACUUUAGAGAAGCAUUGGAAUUCCCCCGAAACGUUGGCAUUGAUUCGAUUGGGUAGUUGGGAUGCGGUCAUCAUUCAAGAAUAUAGCACUGGAUUAGCCAAAUCUGAUGAGAAGCUGUGUCAAUCCAGUUACCCAUUUGCCCGGAACCUAAUCGAAGAGAUCCGAGUGCACAGCCCCGAGGCCAAAAUUCAGUUCUAUCAGACUUGGGGUCGACCUUACGGUGAGGCCGUGACUUGUCCGGACUUUCCUCCCAAUUGCGAGUAUCUCACUAUGCAAGACGUGAUCACAGACAACUAUAGCAAUUACGCCUGUCAGUUCCAGCCCGCUCAAGUGGCUCCUGUUGGCGAGUCUUUCCGGUAUAUUCGAGAAAAUGAAGGAGAUGAACGGUUCUUCGAGCUCUAUGAGACUUUGGGCCUAGCCGAUCAUCAUCCCUCUCUUCAAGGUUCAUAUCUAUCCGCCUGUGCUCAUUAUCUCUCGCUUUUUGGUGGUUCCAUCAGAGGGAACACUUUCGAAGCAGGAUUGGAUCCUGAGGUUGUGGCUUAUCUCCAGAACGCUGCCGAUGCUGUUUACUCCAACACGGAUUGGACCUUUGACAACACGUGUCAGUCUUGCAAAUGUGAAUGCAACCAAUGAAAACGACUUACUGUUUCAUUCUAGAUGCCUUUUCUCUCUCCCACUUUAUCACGUCACUAUUAAAUCACAAUCACUUCAUGGUU